GAGACACAAGAAUUAAGAAUACUAAUCGAAAAUUGUGUGGCUUGUCGUCAAGGUGUGGUCGCGGUGAUGGUUCCUCCAAUAGUAUCAACAACAACAACAACAACAACACCACGACAAAUAUCCUGCAACUACGAAUCACCGUGUUAUCCUGGAGUUCAGUGUCAGGAUUCAUCAAGAGGACCUAUUUGUGGUAGUUGUCCAAGAGGUAUGACAGGUGACGGUCGUAAUUGUAUGAAGGUAACAACUUGUCUGGACAAUCCAUGUUUCCCUGGUGUACGUUGCGAGGAUCAUCAUCAUGGUUAUAGAUGCGGCAAGUGUCCAAAUGGAUAUCACGGUAAUGGUGAACGUUGCGAACGUAGAAGAAACCCUUGUGAUUCUCGUCCCUGUUAUACUGAAGUUGAAUGUGAUAGAUGCGGAAGUUGUCCAGCUGGUUUCACAGGUAAUGGUACGUCAUGUCAAGAUUUGAACGAAUGCGAGUUAGCACGUCCUUGUUUUCCUGGUGUACGAUGUACGAACCUACGUCCUGGAUUCAGGUGUGAAUCCUGUCCUCCAGGAUACACAGGUUCGACGUUCGAAGGUGUUGGUAUUGAAAUGAUUAGGAAUCGAAAACAAAUCUGUCGUGAUGUCAACGAAUGCGAGAUUAAUAAUGGCGGAUGUGACAUACAUUCAGAAUGUAUUAACACAGAAGGUUCUUACAGAUGCGGACCCUGUAGGAAUGGUUUUGUCGGCAAUGAGACAACAGGAUGUCGUCCUAGUCAAGAACUUUGUCCGGACAUGUCGACCAUUUGUGAUUCAAAUGCCUACUGCAUUUGCAUAAGUUUGAACGAUUACAUGUGUAGGUGUCGAGUAGGUUGGGCUGGUAACGGACACUAUUGUGCAUUGGACACUGACAGCGAUGGUGUCCCGGAUAAAACCUUAAACUGUCACGAUCAUUCCUGUAGAAUAGACAAUUGUCCUUUGGUACCUAAUAGUGGUCAAGAGGAUGCUGAUAAUGAUGGUAUAGGUGAUGCUUGCGACGAAGAUGCCGACAACGAUGGUAUAUUAAAUUCAUCGGACAAUUGUCCUUGGGUACAUAAUCCAGGCCAGGAAGACAACGAUCGUGACGGAUCGGACGGUAUUGGUGAUAUCUGCGACAAUUGUCCAUUUGUUAACAAUCCGCGUCAAUGGGACACCGAUGGCGAUGGUAUUGGUGAUGACUGUGACGAUGACAUCGAUAACGAUAACAUUUUAAAUCACGUGGACAAUUGUCCUAAGAUAAAAAACAAGGAUCAAAUCGAUACCGACAACGACGGGAUCGGUGACAAAUGUGACAAUUGUCCUUACAUGCCUAAUCCUGAUCAAAACGAUCGCGACGGCGACAACGUUGGUGAUUUAUGCGACAACGACAACGAUCGUGAUUUGGAUGGCAUACAAGACGAUCGGGACAAUUGUCCUAACGUUGCAAAUCCUGGCCAAGGUGACAUUGAUCGGGAUAGGAUCGGUGAUGCCUGUGACGAUGACAUUGAUGGGGACAUGGUAAAAAAUCUUCGUGACAAUUGUCCUUUCGUUUAUAAUCCAUAUCAAGAGGAUAUUAACAAGGAUGGUAUAGGUGAUCUUUGUUGGAACGAUUAUGACAACGACACCGUCAUCAAUUAUCUCGACAAUUGUCCUAACAAUAGUCAAAUAUGGGCCACGGAUUUUCGUAAAUACGUUACCAUCAAUUUAGAUCCUAGCGGUGAUUCCCAAGAGGAUCCAUCUUGGAUAAUACGUCACAACGGUGCUGAAAUACAACAAACACUUAAUAGCGAUCCUGGAUUUGCCAUAGGACCUGACGUAUUUGCCGGGGUCGAUUUCGAGGGUACAUUUUACGUAGACGACGACAACGAUGACGAUUACGUUGGCUUUGUAUUUUCUUGCCAAAGCAAUCGUAGAUUCUACGCAGUAACGUGGAAAAAAGCUGAUCAACCGUAUUGGGAAACUACACCGUUCCGUGCUAUUGGUGAUUCUGGUAUCCUCCUAAGGCUCGUUGACUCGGAAACUGGACCCGGUGUAAUACUUAGAAAUAGCCUUUGGCAUAAUCAAGACGUGCCUAAUCAAAUGAAAAUAUUAUGGAGAGAACCAAGCAAAUAUGGUUGGAGACAAAGGGUACCGUACAGGUGGCAAUUGUUGCACAGACCACACGUAGGUUUGAUCAGAUUUUGGCUUCAUCAGGGCAACAAACUUAUCACAGAUUCGGGAAACAUUUAUGAUUCCACUUUGCAAGGUGGCAGGCUUGGCGUUUAUUGUUUCUCACAGGAAAGAAUCACUUGGUCCGAUUUACUCUAUACCUGUAAAGAUUCCGUUCCGCAAGAAGUCUGGAACGAUUUACCGGUUGACUUGAAAAAACAAGUUAUAGUGGAAAACACUAGAUACCAAAAUCAUCAUCCUGAUACUUCUUCCCAUCGUCGAAUGAAAUAUAUCGAUAUAUAUUAAGAAAAAACAAAAAAACAAAAAAAAAGUCAAUAAUUAUAUCUGCAAUAACUUUUAUGGGUUUUCUAAGAAACGUUUGUAAACGACUAGGAACUAUCAUUCUCUA